AAUACACGCUGCUUUCGAGAUUUAACACGCAGUUUGAUGCCCCUGGCAGGCAGGUGCAAGGGGGAGGGGCUAUCCCACUUUCAGGGUGAAAGUUGCAGCAUUUCCUCAGGGAAUCGAGGGAAACGGAUGAAAAACUUGAUGGGGGUGGGUGUCAUUGACCCGGUCGUACAAUACUUUUGAGAGCAAAUGUAGCAUUUUAAAAUUAUAUAAUACAAGUGCAGGAACAGUUAUGCGGCAGAAGCAGCUGUUCUUUCGGAUAUGUAGCACAGUGAAUAAAAUAGCCUUUGAGAUGCAUGGAUGAGUGACGGGUUAUGUAAAGCUUGCUGACGAAAUUAUAAGAAAUCUGUGUGCACAGUUAAAGAAAAAAUUUACGUGGCGUAUUGUCAGUGAUAACAGUCAAAAAUAAAAAUGGAAAACCUUGAAAUUUUACCCGAAAAUAUUAAAGUAGAAAAGGAAGACGAACUCGAGGAAGAAAGUGCGGUGAACAAUUCUGUUGAAGAGCUGGUGGCCCCAGAAGCUGUGUUUAUAAAAACUGAGGAUCCUGAGGAAAUUUUAACAGAAGAAGAGGAAAAUCAAGAAUAUGAUGAGGAAAAUGUGGAGGACCAAGCUUGGAAUUUCAGAGAAGGCAGUGACCCUUGCUCCUUAGUGACAGAAGAGAAGGAAGAUGAUCAUGAAGAGAUAGAAGUCAAGCCACCUGUUGCAGUGUAUCUGGAUGCCCAUGACGAGGAGUCCAAUGAAGACAUUGAGCAGGAUCAAGCGGACCCGUUGGCAUUGUACAAUGACAAAUGGAGAACAGAAUUGGUUGGACCAUCACAGUUUGAAUCACGUCUUCAUGAAUGUUCUGUGUGUCAAAAGAACUUCAUUCAUAAGAGUCAUUUAGAAAGGCACAUGCGGGUUCACACCGGAGAACGCCCUCAUGUAUGUUCAAUCUGCCAAAACGGCUUCUCGCAGAGAAGUUCAUUAGAUAGGCACAUGCGGACUCAUACCGGGGAACGUCCUCAUGAAUGCUCUGUCUGUCACAAGACCUUCAUAGAGAGACGUAAUUUAGAUACGCACAUGCGAGUGCACUCCGGGGAACGCCCUUAUGAAUGCACCGUCUGCGACAAGAACUUCACGGACAGAGGUUAUUUACUUUUCCACAUGCAACUCCACACUGGGAAGCGCUUCAAUGAAUGCUCACUGUGCAAAAAAAGCUUCACGCAGAGAAGUUCGUUAGAUAGGCACAUGCGAAUUCACACCGGGGAACGCCCUCAUCAGUGCUCCGUCUGCCUCAGGAGCUUCCCAGCAAAACGUACUUUACAAAUACACAUGAAUACCCACACUGGGGAACGUCCGCAUAAGUGCUCCGUUUGCAGCAAAAGCUUCUCAGAUAGAGGUUAUUUACUUUUGCACAUGCGAGUCCACAGUGGUGAACGUCUUCAUGUUUGCUCGGUGUGCCAAAAGAGUUUCAUACAGAGAAGUUCUCUAGUUAAACACAUGCGGACUCACACUGGAGAACGCCCGUAUGAAUGUUCUGUCUGCCACAAGCGUUUCUCAGAGAGCGGUACUUUAGCUACACAUAAGCGGAUCCACAGUGGUGAACGCCCUCAUCAAUGUUCUGUCUGCCAGAAGAGUUUCACUCAUAGAAAUUCAUUAGUUUUCCAUGUGAAGAACAGCAAUUGUGAACGUCCCUCAUGAAUGAGCCAAAGAAGAUUCACAAAGAGCAGCAUUUUAGAUAGACACAUACAUAUGCACGAAUGUUAUAUUUAUUUAUUUAUUAAUGACAGCUGUUGCAGCUGAUACUUAUGUAUCAUCUGUUAGUAAAUCACAUCAUACACAUAUACAUUCAAAUUUAAUAUAAACUCUAUCACAAUUGGUGAUCUGCUUCAUCCAGUUGAAGAAUGGUUUCCUCUUCAUCAGAAGUUAAUAUGGUCCUGCCUCUCCUUGAAGGAGUCAACUGUCCUGGCUGAACACAAUUUAUGUGGGAGAGUUUUGACAGUUGACUAGCACAGUGCCACCAAGUGCUAGUCCUUUUAUUAUCCAUCAGAUGCUUCAGAUGUCCUUGAAGUCUACUGACAAUGGCCCUGAUGAAGAUUCCAUUCAAGUUUUGAAGCUUAUAUUGGUUAUUCUGGACCUUAAAUGUUUCAACUGUAUUGUUCCCAUCUCUUCUUUGAUGUAGUGUGGGGAAGCAGGUUGUUUUACAAAUCUUAUGACAUGGGAGAAUGUGAAUGACAUUACACAUUAUCACUUUGCCCAAACAUGUAAAAUGUCCGUAGGUAGCCUCACCAUAAUCCACAGGUGUGAAGAACCUGUAGGGAUCUCCUACACAGCUGAGAAUAGUGGAGUGCCCUCAAGAGUGGUGUACAAUCUGUUGUCAUGUUUCGAACUUGCAGUAUCUGGAGUCUACUUUCAGGCGGAGUCUCCAGGCAUGGUCAGAAUUUUGUAGAAGUCCUGAAUGCUAAUCUUCAGAAAAGAAAGGGGUUCCUGUCUGUUCACGGCAUAAGAGGCGUGAUCUUUGAGGAUUUGUGUUUUGUACAUUUGAUUGUGUAGUAAUAUAAAUUGUGUGCUUAAUUUGCCCUAGUUUUGUAAUCAUUCAAAUCAUGUCAGUGUGGUGCUUUGAAAUGUUUUACUUACUAGAUCAAAAGUGUACCGCCCAUAUGAUAAUUUAGUCUCAUGCCCAGAUUCAUUUUCAUGGUCUUAAGUAUCUUAUGUAGGUAAGCCUCUAAGGCUAAGAUCUGUGCAUGUUUCAGGCAUAUUGUAAGUUUAAUCUUAUAAAAUCUAAUAAAAUUCAAGAUUCAUAUUUUCUAGAAACAGGUAGAGAUUAAUAAAUCACUUUAUUAAUUUUAGAGCUGCAGUAGAAUGUAUAUUAACUAAGGUUUGUUAAGAGAAAUGACAAAAGUAUUAAUGCAAUUUAAAAUUUGUCAUUGUUAUACUCCAAGAAGACAAUAAACAUUCAUUAUCAGAUUGUUAUACCAUCAUAUGAGAAGAGGAAACCAGAAAAUUGACUCCAGGCUCGGACUGUACCCAGGCAAUCUUGAAAUCAUGGUGGUGGAAAGGUUCCUAUAAACCAUGUAAUGGUAGCACAUGAUUGUAGGUGAUUCUGCAAUUGAAUAGUAAUAUGUUUACAUAUGUAAUAUAAUAGAAUAUCAAUGUACACUAUCUCCAGAAAUCAUGUUUUUUUUUUUUUUGUUUGU